AUGUCAAAGACUCAUGGUCGAGAUGUCUUUCUAGCCAGCUUCCGCAUCAUCCUCGUUCUUCUGCAGUCCUGUCCAGCACCAUCCCUGGAAAUGGUCAAGGUUGGGGAAGAUGUGGACCUAUGGUGCAACCUGUCUCUCAACAUCAACCUCGAGGACAUGGAACUUCGGUGGUACAGGGACCAGCUUUCCCCAGCUGUGCAUGUGUGUAGAAAUGGAUCAGACGUGCAGGAAGAGCAGGUGGAGUUGUAUCGGGGAAGGACAACCUUUGUGAAGGACUAUGUGGCCCAGGGUCAAGCAGCUGUGAGGAUACACAAUGCCAAUGGUCUUGAUAAUGGGACAUUCCACUGCCAAUUCAGUGAUAAGGGCUUCAGUGAGGCUACACUGUGGCUAAGGGUGGUAGGUAAGUUUCAACUGGUAGGGCCCCUGGCCUUCCCAAGAGCUUCAUCCCCCAAAUUUGGUUCAGGCUGCAGCUCAUCCCCCUGCCUGGAGUGGAGAGACUUCAAGAAACAUUUCUUACCUUUUGUGCUCAGUCUCUCAGCCUCACCAACAACUGGCCUCUGGACUGUGGUGUCCAAUGUGACCCUCCAGGGCAGCAAUGUGACAAGCCUCUCCUGCUCCAUCUCCAAGCCCCUCCUUGGAGAGAAGAAGGUAACUGAGAUUGACCUGUCAGGUAAGAGUUCUGUUCAGUUCUGGCCUUUAAAGUUCUGA